GACGUCAUCAGCUGUGCAGUGGAUAUUUGGGGAAGAGUGAGACAGAGCUAAAAGGAUGGCUGGCUUGUGGAAAUCAUAUCAGAGGCUGAUGUUAAUACACCCCUGGAAAAUACAAAUUAUCACUGCUGGUACUCUGGUAGGUGUUGGGGAUGUUAUUUCCCAGCAGCUGGUGGAAAGGAAAGGCUUCGCCAAUCACAGUGUGAAAAGGACAGUGAAGAUGAUGGGCAUUGGAGUCUUCUUUGUGGGUCCUGUAGUAGGAGGAUGGUACAAGGUCCUUGAUCGGCUUGUUCCUGGAGGAAACAAAACUGUGGCUUUAAAGAAAAUGCUGCUUGACCAGGCUAUUUUUUCUCCUUGCUUUCUUGGCUGUUUCCUUACUAUCAGUGGAACCUUGAAUGGGCUGACGAUGGAGGAAAACUGGAACAAGUUAAAGAGAGACUUCACUGACGCCUUGAUAGCAAGCUACUAUCUCUGGCCAGCUGUACAGAUUGCAAAUUUCUAUUUUAUACCACUAAAUCACAGAUUGGCAGUGGUCCAAGUCGUUGCUAUAGUGUGGAACACCUACCUCUCUUGGAAGGCCAAUAAGAUUUAAUGAAUUUCUUCAGAAACCCUUCUUACCUCAUCAAUAGAAAAACUUUAUCAAACAGCUCUAACGCUUAGUUUGGUAGAUAACCGUGCUUAUUCUUCAUUGUUUAUUUGCUUCUUUUACAGUUUUAUUUUCCUCCAAACAGUAAUCAUAUGUGAGCUCUCUUUUGCAUAAUUACUUGUUUUCAGAUCAGAAAUCAGAUCUUAAUGCUUCAGAGUAGAAAAAUGCAAUAUGUUUAAGACUUUUGCACAGUUAUGUGUGUGUGUGUGUGUGUGUGUGUGUGUGUGUGUGUGUGUGUGUGUGUGUGUGUGUAUAUAGACACACAAACACACACAGAUGCCAACUGCUACGAUUUGGCCGUAGCAGCUACUAUUUUGGAGGUCCUGCUACGAUGUUACGAUGAAGGGGUAUAAUACUCAGAUUUUUAUUAAAUAAAUAAAUGAUGGAU